AUGAGUGAGAUAGAGGCCAAAAUAGCGGAAUUGAUAAUACAAUUAGUUGCAGCCACAAUAUUACAUCCUAUAAAAUAUGCACAAGUGCUGAUUCAACUUGGUUACAAGCCCCCACCACCGCAAGAACCUGUCCUAAUAAAACACAUCGUCUUUGAACACCUCAGCUUGAUCAAAACUUCAGAUGGAUUCCUUGGAUGCUACAGAGGUUUAUCACCAGCUGUGUUCGGUCUGGUUGCUGCUAAUCAACUUCCUGCAAAGAUAAUUUAUGUGGCAGGUUUAGAUCUACCCGAAGUCAAUAUUGUGACGGACGGGGAACCUAUAAUUGAAAAUUAUAUGAAGCUUUGUCGUCGGGAUAUGAUUGUACAUACUCUUUCAGUCUUUGUGUCUUACCCUUUUCAUGUUAUCUCUAUUCGGAUGAUGGCGUCGUUCAUUGGCAAAGAGAAUGCUUAUUGCUCAUUUCCAAGCGCUGUGGCAGCCAUAUACAGAGAUAAUGGAAUAUGUGGCUUUUUUCACGGAAUAAUGCCAAAAUUGCUUGGCGAUUUGACUUGUGUAGCUAUAACGGGAUUGCUAGCAUACCAUGUGAAUAAAUAUUUCAUCAAAACUAAGGAUCUCCGAUAUUAUACUGUGCCUGCGCUCACAAUCGUGAACAGUCUAUUGACUUAUCCCAUGGUUGUCGUGUCUACUUGCAUGGCAGUUGCUGAAUCCACUAUGAGCGCAGGUAAUCCUCCAGCGAUGCCAAAGUAUCCGUGUUGGCAAGCUUGUUGGAUGGACUUGCUGAAAAAUAAGCAACUCAUGCGAGGUUGCUCGCUUAAUUUAAGGUAUGCUGGAUCAGGUACGGUUUCCUAA